GAACCUUGGACGGUUUCUGUCCGGCGAGGCUGGAGGUCGUGCCGUCCCGUCGAGGAUGUUCUUCUGAUGAAGACUGCCCUGGAGGACACAAAUGCUGUCGAUUUGAUUCUGGGCCUGUUUGCGUGCCGCCUGUUUUCAUGAAGCCGGGUCAAUGUCCCAUACCGGAGAUGAUUCCACUGUGUGCUGAAAGCUGUUUUCAUGAUGGCCAGUGUCCUGCCACACAGAAGUGUUGCCCAACCACCGGUGGCUUCGCAUGCAGUGAACCACGUGGUCAGGGCAGCGGUCAGGCAAGUUGUCAGGGAAGCGGUCAGGGUAGCGGUCAGGGAAGCGGUCAGGGCAGUGGUCAGGGCAGCGGUUAUGGCCAGGGAAGUGGCCAGGGUCAGGGCAGCGGCCAGGGAAGUGGUCAGGGUAGCGGCCACGGUCAGGGAAGCGGUUAUGGUCAGGGCAGCGGUCAGGGAAGCGGUUAUGGUCAGGGAAGCGGUUAUGGUCAGGGCAGCGGCCAGGGAAGCGGUCAGGGCAGCGGUCAGGGCAGCGGUCAGGUUAGCGGUUAUGGCCAGGGCAGCGGUCAGGGCAGCGGCCAGGGAAGCGGUCAUGAUCAGGGAUGUGGUCAAGGGAAUGGUCGGGGAUGUGGUCAGGGAAAUUGUCAGGGAUGUGGUCAUUGA